GAAAUCCGUCAGUGUGAUGUCAAAGCCUGAGAACAGCCGAGAGGCGGGUCUGAAGCAGACCAGGACGUCCAACUCCACAGCGUGUCUGAGCAAAAUGAAACAUGGAUGAGGAGGUCGCUGAAAGUUGGGAGGAAGCUGCUGAUAGUGGGGAAAUGGAAAAACGGUUAGAAGAGAAGCUAAGGAUCAGCCAGAAAGAAAAGGAGUCCAGCAAUAUAAACAUCCGAUCUCCACUGAGGACAACCAUGGUGAUACAGGACGACUCCCUCCCAGCAGCACCCCCACCUCAGAUCCGCAUUCUGAAGCGGCCUGCAAGUAAUGGGUCAUUGGGCUCCUCCUUGAAUCAGAACAGGCCCACACCGCAGGUCAAAUCUCUGGCCCAGCGUGAGGCAGAGUACGCCGAGGCCAGGAAGAGAAUACUGGGCAGCGCCUGCCCAGAGGAGACGCCUCAGGAUAAACCCAGCACAGACAGAGCAGGGCGCAAUAACUCUACAUUGCCUUCCGAGGACACCCGAUCAAACAAUCACACUGUCCGGCAACCAGCCGGCCCAGACGGCACCCAUGGGUUCCGACAGCACAGAUAAGUGGGCCCUGGGGCCACCCAGCCAUUGAGGGGAGAGAGAUAAAGGGCCACCAGAGAGCAAAGACAGCACUGUGUUCUUAAAACUUCCU